AUGAAAAGCUCAAUAGACUCUUCCCCUGGAAGCUGGCUUGAAAUUAAGCCAAUUGGUGAGAAUCCAGAAGCAAUGACUAAAUAUGAUGUCGAUUGGGCAAGGCAUCUAAUGAUGAAAAACCCUAUUUCUCGUCCGCUCGGUACCCUGCACAACUUAGGGAAUAGUUGCUUUAUCAAUGCAGUUCUCCAAUGUCUAGUUUAUACCCCGGGAUUUGAAUAUUUUACUAAAAACAUGCCCAACUUAAUUUACGAAUUGAAUUCCGAAAAAGCUUGCUACCUUUAUCACUUUGCAGAACUCUGCAGAGCUAUGCAUACUAUACCAGAAUCUGCACCCCAUAUGUUCUAUGGACAAAUUUCUCAAAUUAGUCCUUUGAUGAGAUCAGGUUUACAGCAAGAUGCUCAUGAAUUCCUUCUUUCAUUACUCAAUAAGUUUGAUGAUGAAUGUCUCUGUCCAUCUCAGAAAACGCAGAAUGAAGCAACCACUCCUAUUAGAUCAUUUUUUGCCGGGAAAAUGAAAGAAACUACAACAUGCACCCAAUGUAGGCACGAGCAUAAGACGGUGUCUUCCUUUUUUGAUAUCAAUCUUCCUUUGACUUCUGACUCAAUUUCAGGUUGUUUGGAAAAUUAUAUGAUGUCUCAAGAGGUUGCCAGCUUCGAAUGCGAAAAAUGCAAAAAUAAGUGUACUGCUACCAAAAAGCAACAGCUAAUAGAUCUCCCAAACGUUUUAAUACUCUCAUUAAUUCGUUUUCAAUCAAACGGUAAAAAAAUGGACGACAAAAUUACAAUCGACGAUGAACUAAACUUACGAUUGUUUAAUGCUUAUCGAAGAACUGCCGCUUACAAACUUUAUGGAAUGAUUUGCCACGAAGGUCGAGCUAUUGACCUUGGCCAUUACUAUUCAUUGACUAGAUGUGGCAACAGCGAGUGGUUCCAGCAUAACGAUUCAUCAAUUACAAAAAUCGAUAAAGAUUUGAAUGAACUCAAUUUGUGUCCUUACAUUCUCUUCUAUAAACGCCAUGAUCACUUGGAAAGAAUGAGAUUAACAAUUACGAUUGAAUGCAAAAAAACUGUGAGAACAUCCAACCGCAAAGCAAAUUUUAAUACGUCUUCGGAUGAACAGCAGCUAAGUGAAGCAAGUGAUGGAAUUCCGAUAGCAUAUUCUGGGUCUAAGUAG